GAGAACUGCAGGAUGUCAGAGAUCAGCUGUUCUUCUCUGGUCUCAGCUCUGAAGUCCAACCCCUCCCAUCUGAAACUUCUGGACCUGAGUGGGAACCAGAACCUGCAGAAUUCAGGAGUGAAACAUCUGUGUGGAUUUCUGGAGAGUCCAGACUGCAGACUGGAGACUCUGAGGUUGAAGAGCUGCAGGAUGUCAAAGAUCAGCUGUUCUUCUCUGGUCUCAGCUCUGAAGUCCAACCCCUCCCAUCUGAAACAUCUGGACAUGAGUGAGAACUACAACCUGCAGAAUUCAGGAGUGAAACAUCUCUCCAAGGACCGGUUGAAGAUCCGCGUGAGGGUGGGAGCCAGCUGUUCGGCGCAGACUAUCAGGCAGGAGGGGGAGGGGGAGGAGGGAGAGAGGGAGGAAUAG